GCAGUGAUCUUCGUCGUGAGUGGACGCAUUAACAAGGGCUUGGGACGGAAAUCUUAGGAGCGUUUGUUCUGAGAUUGAGUGAGAGUGAGCAACGUGGACGCGCGCGGAAACCGAAUACAGAACUGCAAUGGGAACGGCGGAACCGCGAUCGUGGUGCGAGUGUCCGGCGAGACGGCGAUGGAUCUUACAGAAGAACAUGUGGAUCUUGCCGCUUCUGCUGUGCUGUGGGCUGCUGAUCGAGCGCACCGAGUGUCAGGGAUUAUCACUAAUUGGACCCAAAACAAUACGACCAUCUAGUAAGUUUUCGGUGGCGUUCAGCAAUUCUCUCGAUAAAAAUAUACGGUUGAUGGCAACCCUCGAGGAUCAGAAUGAUCCCGUCAAUUUCCGGCAAUCUAAAUCGCCUAUCGUUAAUAGAAAGACGGUUAAUCAAGUAGACUUCAUUGUAAGCCAUCGUGGAAAUAUCAUUAACAGCGAAUACCAAUUGCACGUUCAAAGCCUAGAUCGGGCAUUCAGUUUUGACCAUCGCGUGGAACUUAUAUUCGAACCCAAAACAAUGUCGGUGUUCAUUCAAACGGACAAACCGGUAUAUACGCCAGGAGAUGUGGUGCGUUAUCGCGUGGUCGUGGUUGAUGCUGACACUAGACCGGUCACUAGUAUUCGAACUGUUAGCAUAGCACUUGACGAUUCUCAGGAAAAUUCGAUCAGAAAAUGGCCAUUCGCCAGGUUGAACAAAGGGGUGUUUGAGUCGCGCGUGCAGCUGGCUUCCUCACCAGCCCUGGGCAAUUGGACAUUGACUGUGACAGCAUCUGAAGAUAUCGUCGUAACUAAACAAAUAGAAGUUAAGGAAUAUGUACUACCAAAGUUCUUCGUAAAGGUUAAGCCAUCUGAUGUCCUUUUGACGGAGCACAAGAAGGUGUCUCUCGCAAUAGAGACAUAUUACACGUUUGCCAAAUCCGUCGAUGGUAACUACAAAGUUGAACUGUUCCUGGAUCACACCAAAAGGAAGCCUGAUUUUGUAAAAACUGGCAGCAUCACUGGAACAGCUAACCUUGAUUUUGAGCUUCUCAACGAAGUGGAUGUGGAUGGUGAUGCGCAAUAUGCUGACGUUACUGUCAAUGUUGAGAUUAUGGAGGCUUUUUCGAAUCGCACUGUGAAUGUUACGGAGUUCAUUCCGAUUUAUCGUCAACCUUACAUUGUAACCUUACUGCCAUCUGACCCAUCGUUUCGACCAGGAGUCCCAUAUGAUGUGAAAAUAAGUGUGAAGGAUCAUCUCGGACGUUCUCCCCCAAAAGAAAGCAAUCUGGCUUCAAUUGUUCUUAAUACCGAGUUCAGUUUAACCUCCGACAGUAUUACUGAACGUAUAACUGUUGAUCUAGAUGAGAAAGGAGAAGGUCAAUUUACUUUGAAUCCUCAUAAGGAUGCCAAUGAGCUUAUGGUUACGGCUACAUAUGACUCCCAAGAAUACGAUUCAAUUCAUAAUCCGAUACACGGUUUUGUAUCUAUAAGCAAGCAGUACAUCAAGGUUAAUCUGAAUUCGAAGUACAAAGUUGCAGUUGGUAAGGAUAUUCUCUUGGAUAUUACUUGCACGGAAAAGAUGACACAUUUUUCUUAUGUCGUGGUUGCUAGGAACAUUGUCAAAUCAUCGAAUGUGCCCGUUUCGAAUAAAAAGAAAAGCACGCUACGUUUGAAAAUGACGCCGGAAAUGUCACCGGAAUCAAGAGUUUUGGUGUUUUAUACAAAGGAGUACCUUAUCUUCGAUGACAUUGAGCUGAAGUUUGAUACGUUCAAUAACAAUUUUCAUUUCGAUCUGGAUGAUAACGAAUAUUUCCCUGGACAAAACGUCUAUAUCGAUGUAUAUGCUGCGAAUGAUUCGUACGUUGCCUUCAGUGGAAUCGAUCAGAGCGUACUCCUGGUACGAAAUACUCGUCACGAUUUCAAUAGGGAUGACGUGCUGAACGAACUGUCCCUGUAUGGUGCUACAAAUGAUGCCGAAUUCGACCUGUUCCAUAAAUAUGGAUUGUUUCUGAGGUCUACUGCCACGGUUGACACUCCUGUGGCCCGUUCGCAAAAUGCUCGUUUCGGAAAUUCAAUGACCAAGAAAACUAAGAAGCCAGCCAUUGAGAUUCGCACGCAAUUCAUGGAAUCGUGGUUAUGGAGAGGAUUCACUAUGGAUGGUAGAAAUGGCGUUAAAGUGAUUGAAGACACCAUUCCAGAUACGAUUACUACAUACUAUGUGUCCGGAUUUGCCUUAAGCCCAACUCUGGGUCUUGGAGUAACCAGUCAACCUGUGAAUUUUAUUGUAACUAAGCCGUUCUAUAUGGUUGCCAAUCUCCCGUAUUCGAUCAAGCGUGGUGAGGUGGCACUGAUCCAGGUAACAGUUUUCAAUUUUAUUGGACACGACAUCACAACCGAUGUAUCGCUGUUCAACAAGCAGGAUGAAAUUGAGUUCGUGGAGAAGGCAUCCAAUGAUAGUACAAAACGCACUAAGGCAGUAAUUACCACGAACAAUAAUGGAAAGCCUGUUUCGUUUUUGAUUAAGGCGAAAAAGUUGGGACAGAUUGCAAUCAAAUUUCAGGCAAUAAACGAACUUAAAACGGAUGCAUUGGAACAUAUGCUGCGAGUUACUCCGGAAAGUUAUCUUUAUGAGAAAAAUGAAGCCAGAUUCGUCCAGCUGCCCACAUUCAAGAAGCAGUCGUUCGAGUUCAAGUUGGACAUCCCUAAAACAAUCGAUGAAGGAUCCGCUAAUAUAAAGUUCACGUUGGACCCUGAUAUUCUGGGAAAAGCCAUUGAUAAUCUUGACGGUUUGAUCCGGAAACCGUCUGGUUGCGGAGAACAGAAUAUGCUCCAUUUUGUGCCCAAUAUCGUCGUGCUGGACUAUCUUACUGAAACCAAUACGGUGGCUGAAAAUAUCAGAGGUAAAGCGAUCGAUUUCCUUAGCAGUGGAUAUCAGAAUCAGCUCCGGUAUAGGCGCAAGGAUGGUGCCUUCAGUGUUUGGGGAGAAUCUCAUAAAGGCAGUACAUUUUUAACGGCUUUUGUGGCAAAAUCGCUGAAAAUUGCAGCCAAGUAUAUUGAUGUGAAAAAGGAAUAUGUUGAUGAUGCUUUUAGUUGGUUGUUGAAACAACAAACCUCAGAUGGUCGGUUCCCUGAAACGGGACAAGUAUUUCAUGCCGAUAUGCAAGGAGGUCUUAGAUCGAACAGCUUCGCUCUUACUGCCUAUGUUUUGAUCGCAUUUGCAGGAGACGAUGAAGUGUUUAAACGCUACCGAUCUCAGUUGACUAGAACAUCAAACUAUUUGGCAAGCAAUCUCGAACAAAUGAAUGACCCAUACGAUUUAUCAUUAGCCACUUAUGGAUUGAUGUUGGCCAAACAUCAGAGGCGCAAAGAUUUUCUUGAUAAAUUAGUUGAAGUAUCAAUAUUUAAUACUAAUGAUACCGAGCGAUACUGGGACAGAACGCCAGUAGCAGUUGAAGUCGCUGGAUAUGCUUUACUGUCUUACAUAGCGGACGAUAGGUUAUUGGAUGCCACCCCCAUCAUGCGAUGGCUUAACAGGCAGCGUUAUGGCCUUGGAGGCUAUCCCGGAACACAGGACACAUUUGUUGGCCUGAAGGCACUGGCAACAUUUGCUGCAAAGGCAUCCGGAGGUAAAAACAAUUAUCGCGUUAAUAUAUAUCACGACCCGAAUCGCCGUAUAACAUUCGACGUAGAUAGACACACUGCCAUGAGCAUACAAGAGGUGGACAUUCCCAAUAAUAUUCGAAAAAUGAAGUUGGAAUUCGAGGGCAUCGGAAAUGGUGUCUUCCAAGUGGCAUACCAGUACUACUGGAAUAUACAAAUGGCUAAGCCCAGUUUUGAUAUAACAAUUGAUAUGCUCAACACGACCACUGAGCACGUGCAACAAUUGGACGUGUGCGUAAGAUAUAAGCCCAAGGAAGCCUAUCAGCUUUCAAAUAUGGCUAUAGUAGAAAUCUUCUUACCCAGUGGGCUAGUUGCAGAUGCAGAUGCGAUUAUGGACCAAACUGGAAGAAUUGAAAAAAUCGAAAGACGUUUCUCAGAUACAUCGAUUGCAGUGUAUUAUGUCAACUUAACUCCAGUGUACGACUGCUUUCGAGUAACUGCUUACCGUCGAUACAAAAUUGCUCUGCAUUUACCAGCUUACAUCAAAGUGUACGACUAUUAUAACGAUGAGCGUUUCGCCAUUGCACAAUACUCAGGAAUGCUGCAACUCUGCGAUAUUUGUGAGGAUGAAGACUGUGAAACAUUGUCUUGUGAAAACAGUGUGAAAUAGACAGUAAUAAAAUUAUA